CAGGGAUGCUGCAGCGGCUAUCGAUCUAGCUAUCGCUAAGACCAUCGGAGAUUAUGGCUCAGGCCGACCAAUGAAGACGAUGUAACUCAGAUGUUCUAUGUAGCUCUAUGUCUAUAGGGGUCAUGCACUAGCUCGCAGAUGUUCGCUGUAGCUCUAUAGAGUAUAUCUAUAUGCGUCAAAGUAGUCUUACUGAGACGUGCGAGUAUUAAUAUUAGUGCUAGUAUUUAUAGUAUUAGCUUUAGCAAUCGACCUCAGUUCCUUGAGAGCCUUCCGUGGGAGGCCUUCCUUAAAGAAAUGGAAAUCCUUAAGAUUUUUAUCAUAAAAAGUGACUAUAGCUUUUUGCUUAAGGGACAAAAAGGCUCCCUUAAGUUAGGGCGUAGCUGUUAUAGAAUUGGGCUAAUAAUAGGCCCUCCCUUAAGGGCAUUAGCCCUUAGCUUGCUAGCUUAGCCAUGGCCAGCUAGCUAGCUGCUUGCCCCCUGCUAGCGAGCUUGCUGGCUUGCCCCUUGCCCGGAGGAAGCUAGUGGGUAGGUUAGCCGUAGCUAGCCUGCUCGGCGCUUAGCCAUAGCUAGCCUGCUAGCUGCUUAGCCAUGGCUAGCUAGCAAGCUAGCGGCUUGGCCAUAGCUAGGCUGCUAGCAGGUUAGCCGUGGCUGGCUUGCUAGCUGCUUAGCCAUAGCUAGCUUGCCUGUUAGCUCCUUAGGGUAGCCGCAGGUAGCUUGCUAGCCGCUGCGCCAUCGCUAGCGGACUUAUCAGAUAGUUGCCCAGCUCUGCCUAGCCAGUUAGCUACUUUCUUGCUUGGCCAUAGCUAGCUUGCUUCCUGCUUUUAGCUGCUUCGCCAUAGCGAGCUUGGGAGUUGCUUGGGGAGACCUAGCUCGGCAACUGCUUAGCUAUAGCCAGCUCCCUAGCUUACCUGCAGCCAGCUUGCGCCGUAGUGUUGUCUGUCUAGUUGCGAGCCGGAACCUUUGCCCAGUACAGCGGGCUCUUGAUGGGCCCGCCUUCUGGGCAUGUAUUUGCACAGUUAACCAAAUCUGCGAUCUCCCUAACGGUGGGCUCCUGAGGAUUAAAGGUGGGCCACCCUCAAGGAACUCCCUUAAGGGCCCCACUCUUAUUAGAAGUGGUUACUAUAGCCCCCUCUGUAAGGGCCCUCCCACCCUUAAGAAAGCGGCUAGCGCAAAAGCUCCGACAGCUAUGACAGAAGCAGCUGGCCAGCCUGUGGCCUCUAGGCUACCUCCCUGGGGAGCCGCCCAAGGCUUCUGAGCUAGCUGGCCAAGCAAGGACCCACUCUGAGCCAACUGGCCAAGGCUUCUGAGCUAGCUGGCCAAGGCUUUUAAACUCGUUGCUUGUAGCUUCUGAGCUGGCUGGCUAUGGUUUGCGAGCUCCAUGGCCACGGCUUUGGAGCUCGCUCCACGUGGCUUCCAAGCUGACUGGCUAUAGCUUCCAAGCUAUCUGGCCAUGGUUUCUGAGCUAGCUGGCCAAGGCUUCGGGGCGAGCAAGCUGGCGACAGUUUCUGAGGUAGUCCGCCACGGUGCUCAAGUUCACUGCUUGGCUCCCCCGCAGGCUAGCAAGUUGCCCACCAAGGCGUCAGAGCUAGCAAACUGGCCAAGGCUUCAGAAUCAGAGUUACCUAGACCUGGCCAGGGCUUCGUAGCUAGCUGCCCGCCGCUUCUGUGCUAGCUGUCUAGGCUAGUUGGCCAUGGCUUCAGAGCUAGCGCGCCAUGGCCAUGGCUUCCAAGCUGCCUGGUCGUGGCUUCUGAGGUCUAAGCUCACUGGCAAUGGCUUCGAAGCUCGCUCACCAUGCCCUCCGGGAUGGCUGGCCGGGCUUCCAAGCUAGCUGGCCAUGGCUUCCAGCAAGCUGGGCUGGCUGGUCAUGGCUUCCAAGUUAGGUGGCCACGCCUUCGGAGGCCACGGCCUCCAGGCUAGCUGGUCGCGGCUUCUGAGCUAGCUCGCCAUGGCUUCCAAGCUGACUAGACACGGCUGCUAAGCUAGCUGGCCAUGGCUUCGCUCUGAGCUAGGUCGCCACGGCUUCACACUGAGCUAGGUCGUCAUGGCUUCUCUCUGAGCUGGCUCGCCAUGGCUUCCGGGCUAGCUGGCCCCGACUUCUGGGCAGGCUCGUCACUGCUUCCAAGCUGGCUGGCCAUGACUUCCAGGCUAACUGGCCAAGGCUUCCGAGCUACCUCGCCACGGAUGCUUGACCCCUAAGCCAGCUGGCCAAAGCUUCCGAGCUCGCCGAGACCGGCUUGGGCGUCCAUUGGCUUCCCACUAAGCAAGCUGGCCAAGGCAGUAGCCGUAGCAGUAGCCAGCCUACUCGCCUCGCCACAGAGGGAGCCAGCUUGCCAGCCUUUCUAGUCUGUUGGUGACUUUUUUCGUUUGUCUUUCGGUGUCUUAGUUGUUAUCUCCACUUGUCUAGUUGUUAACCUGUGUACUUUUGAAGUUGAGCAAGCUCUACGACCUUCUUAGGAGUGACUCCUUGGGGGCAGCUGCUUAAUUAAGGAAGACCCUCAAGGGAGCGGCAGAAAGGUGCGCGCCACCUUUAAGAAGCUCCGCUAACCUAAGGGCCUUCUUCUUAAUAAAGUUGGCAAUUAUAUAUUUAUAGCCCGUUCGUAAAGGAAUUGCAUACCCUGAGCCAGCUGGACACACCUAGCUACUUCUAAGCCAGCGGCCCAAGGCUUCCAAGCUAGUUGGUGCCGGCUUCUAAGCUAGCAGGCCAAAGCCAUGGGGCCCAUAGGCUUCUAAGGAGGUAAGCUAGCAAGUUGCCCGGGCCAAGGCUUCUGAACUAGCUGGCCAUAGCUUCUGAGCUAGCUGCCCAAAGCUUCGCAUUUUGUUGGCUGCCCAUGGCGGUGGCUUCUCUCUCAGCUAGCUGGGCAACUUCUGAGCUAGCUGGCCAUAGCUUUCGAGCUAGCUGGCCAAGGCUUCUGAGCUAGCUGGCCAAGGUUGCGGAGCUAGCUAGCCAUCGCAUCCGCGGGCGCUGACUUUUAUUUUUUAUGGAAGCUAGCCAGCCCAGCUGGCCUUCUGUAGCUUCUGACUGGGCUGGUGGGCUGUUCGUUUCAAGCUCGCUGCCGAUGGCUUCGCCCCUCUGGCUCCCAGUCUAGGCACCUAGGGGGCUCUAAGCUAGCUGGCUGUGGAUUUUCAGCUCGUUGGCUAGGGCUUCUGGGCCAGGUGGCUCCAGCUUCGAAGCCCUCUGGCCUUGCCUUCCAAGCUAGCUGGCUAGGGCUUCUGGGGUAGAUGGCUAGUGCUUGCGCCUCUGCUCUGAGCUCGCUGGCUACCUAUCUAGGGGCCGCGUGACUGACAUGCGCAGGCGUUUCCUUUGGUGCUCUUAUCUGUCUGCUUUUCACCCUCGGGCACCGGCGGGCCCUUGUUGGGCCCGCGUGCGGGGUCCGUAUACAUAGCAUAGAAGACUGAGAAAGAUCUUUGAUCUUGAGGCAGAGGCCACAUGAGUGGCCGACCCAAGCUGGGCGAGACGCUAAGGCACGGGGAGGGCGUAGCCUACACCGCCAAGGGCAGGGCAGAACCGGCCCGAGCGCUCUCCGAGGCAGUUUUCACAGGGAAGGAGCCUCCAGAACUAUGAGCGCAGGACCACGCGCGCACGCUGCCCCGGGAGCACAUCUGAGAGCCUCGAGGGGCAAGCGCCACCGGGCAGAAGGAGGGGGAGGACAUAAGUAACUGCCAAGGAAAUCGAGGACGCCACGAAGAGGCUCAAGCCAGGCAAGGCAGCAGGAAGCGACCAGCUAAAGAGGGAGCGCUGUGAGCUUCUGAGCGAAAAGAACCGGCGCCACUUCAGGAGCAAGGCUUGGAGAUAUUGACAGGAGGGAGCUUGGGAGGGAGGAGGCGGGCCCCAUCACGGCAGGAAUGCCUAAGCAGGGGGGGGGCCACGGUAGUGCGGCUGGGUGGAGGCCCAUCGCUUUGCUGAAUUUCUUCACCGGGGAGGGUUUUGGCGUCCGUGUUGUAUCUCGUAUGUGCGCAAGACUCGUAGGCUUGACUGGCGCAGUCCUCUCGGAGGUGCAGGCAGGUCACAGGGCGCACAGGUAGACAACGCGCGGCCCCUCAUGCUAACGCCUCAGGCAUGUGCAGCCGCGGACAGUGUGGCGCCGGUCUGUUUUGGAGACUUGGCGCAGGCUUUCGACACGAUGCCCAGGGGGCUGGCUGCUGGGGCUCGCUUUCGAGGCGUAUGGGAUACCUCCCAAAUAACGGGAGAGCCUUUGCUAGGCUUUGCACAAGGAAGGGUCGCCGCUUGCUUGUAGUACGGAGGGAGACAGCCGGCCGCCAGCGAGCCAAGAGAAACAGCAACAGGGACGAAGCGGAGGCGCCGGCUAUCGCCCUCCGCCUUCGGCGUGUGCGUAUGGAAGCUACGCACUACUUAGACCGCGCGGACCUUGGGGAGGGCGCUGCGCUACAUAGGGCGACAAGGCUAGUAGAAAGACCUUGACGAAGAGGCUGCUCGGCUGUUUACUGCACGCGGACGACGUCGCCCCCGCUCUAGCAGAGGACGCUGAACACCUAGGAAAGAGGAGCAACGCCGGGGCCAGUGGUUGCAACAGCCUCGGAGUGUGGGGCGACCGUCAACCUCGCCGAGAGGAAGCGCGCAGAAUCCAACAGCCAUACCAAGGAAAGGGGCCCAGACUGAAGGGGAGGGGCCCCCUCGCACCGGGGUGGGACGUAGUGGAACGACUUCGGGAGCCUGCACACCUCGGCAGCAUGCUAGAACUAGCACAAGACUGCGACGACGAGCCAGGCGUGAGCAAUGGGAUCGAUGGAGCGGACCCGCAAGAUGUGUGGGGAACUCUCAAGGGGCUGCUUGUGCGUAGGAGUCCGCAAGGAUCUGAGGACGUGAAUCCUGCGGGUGUUUGCGCUGCCAGUAGUGUGAGGCAUUUGGCGGAGGACCAGAGCAGCCGCGCUCGACAGGUGGCGGGGCAAGAGGCUGAGGCCUUGCAUAGGAGCCACGAAGGCGGACCACACCAAGACGGGCGACAUGUGAGGGAAGAAAGAGCCGGCGGGACGAGUGCUGCGCAGCUACAUUGCAGCCAGAGGGGGGGCGCCUCAAAUGCGUGGGAAUUCUAUCGCGGUACCCCUGGGGCAGGUGGGUAGGGAUGACUCUACCAGCAGAAGGGGACCACUGUGACAACACACGAAACAAGAAGGAAGAGGGUCGCCGUGCGUUGCCUCUAGAAGGCAGCGGACUGCUGCCCCCAAAGCAAGGGGGGCGCAACUAGAACAGGCAGUAGGCCGAGACCCCUGGCCGCAAGUAGUCAGCUGGAAGCUUGGGAAGUGGUAAGCCAAAGGUGCCCCAACGUAGCCCGGCUGGAGGCCGCGAAGUGUGUAGUGAGGGAGAGCGCGAGUUCGUGGCUGCUCUCGUCGGUUCUGCUCUGUUGGUGUUACUCUAUCGAAGAGCAUUAGUGCUAGGAUGUGCCGCGCGAGCUGCUCAUGAGGUCGCAGAACGCUUGCGGGAUGGUCUCACGAGAGGGCUGGGGACAUCUUGCGAGCCCAUUCACUUCCACUUCGCUGGCGCUUCCACCUCACUCCAAUUACUUACCUCACUCGACUCUCUUCACGACACACCGAGGGGGGCGCGGCCUCACCACCUUGCUGCAAGCGCACGCGGCAGGCUGCUCAUGCGGCGUGUUAAGCUGGCGGCGCCUCGCUACGCCUCCCCCGGUCACAUGGCGAGCGCGCUUCCCUUCUUUAUAGGGAGGCGGACCCAUAUCAGCACGCACCAAGGGAAGCACGCGGGCAACGUGACGCACGCGCGAGCCGCCUACUACUUUUAGGAUACACGCAGAGAGAUCUCACGGCGCAAAGACUAAGACCAGGCUGCACUUUCGCAAAAGCUCUACCGUGGGCCUACACUGGCCACACAGAUCGCAGGAACUAACCAACUGCUGCGCGAAAUGUUCAGGGGAAAAUAAGAAGCGGCUGGGGCCCACUCCGCGCGGAUUCUGCCUCGUCGACUAAACUCGUGCGACCUUUUUCCUGCCAAGGCUGGUCUAUCUGUGUUGGUCUUGCCUUGGUCUCUCUGUCUUGUGAAAGCGCUUAGGCCUUAAGCUAACUCUAGGCAUGGAGCAGAGGGGAUAAAUUUUUUCUGUAAGGUUGAUGGGUUACACCUCCUGGGCGCCAUCUUGCGCAAUUUUUCUACGCUGAGCCGGCGCUUCGAAGCAGAAAACGCCGCCGGAAGUGUUGGGCUUUAUUUUUGAAAACGGCACAGGGGAGGCCGGGAGGGUUUUUCAUUAGUUCCCGCUGAUAAUUGGUGGCGGGCUCGUGGUUGGAGUAGGUAAAAGCUCAGGCUGGCUCUUGGUCUUGUGUCUGGCGUGUGUGCGGGGCAGGGGUCUUGGAGGCGCUGGGGAGGGUAGUCUGGCCUUGUUUGGCUUGCUUGCUCUUGCUCGAGUCGCUCCCGGGGUUUGCUGCUGAGUUGGGCCCUGUGUGUUGCUCUGGGGCCGGAUCGAUCGUCUUCGCGAAGGUCUGGCCUCAGUUUCGACGGACGAGCUCGCCUGCGUAGCUAGGUUGCUGCGGGUGUCUGCUUUGGGCGGAAAGUUUUCAAAGUAUAAAACUUGCCCAAAAUAAAUGUCGGGUCUUUGUGUCUGUGGGUGCCGUGGGCUAUGCGUAAGGGCUUCCAGGCUUUUGAAAUUUUUUGGCUUUUUGCAGUUUUUUUGCCAGAAUGUCGCGCAUUUUUUUGGCUUUUUUUUCACGGAAAAACUUCUUGGGAAAAGUCUUGCGCUUUUUUCUUAAGUAGAAAAAAGAGCCGAAUUCUUUAGGCUUUUUCUUGUCAGUUUGAAGCCCAGGACGGUUCGGCGGGUGCGUGAAGUGCGGCGGCCGGUUCUCUGGUGUUGUGGGUUGGUCCUCUGUCGUAUCCGAGCAGGGUGGGACGUGUUGCACCUGGUUGGGAAAGGGCGGAGGCUCGCAGGAGUUGACAUGAGAGGGCUGACCGGCCCGCGGGAGUUGGGUUUCUGACUCUUUUUGGGGUUGUUUUGGUGGGCUUGUGCUUGUGAGUGCACGCUAAAAAAUGAAAAAAAGUCCGCGCACUUUUGAAGGGCGGGCUCAUUUCGAGGCGGUUCGGGAUAGCAAUACUGAUAAGGCAGAGCCAUCCGCCUCCGCGAGCAAGCUACAUGACAGGAAAUCGCCAGAGGGGAUGCCCAGCGACAGCGCGAGUAGACAGCAUGACUUGAGCAACGCGGUCCCGCGCUAGCUCUCGUGUGUGCACUUACUUGCUCGCCCCCACUCCGAUACGGUGGACAGUUCAGAACCGAGCUGGACCCACAGGAAAGCUGCUAACCAGCUUGCUCCUUGCGCAUGGAUUGGAUAGUGAUUAGGUAACGGCUACUCUGGUGGCGCAGUCUGUCAAGUAAUCUACUCUAACCAACACAGGGAACAACGAAGCGCGCGCCUCUGCUCUUCCCGGCAUGCCUUUGAAGAGAAAGACACAUACAACACAAGAGGGCGCUGCCACCUGAUGAGUGCCACACUAUCGCCACUGGCCAACGCAAAGGCUUGAGGAUCAAGAUGGGAACGCGGGGGAGCGAGAACUUGACGCAGCUCAGCGACUGCAGCAAGCGGCUGCGUGCCUUUCUGGUAGUUAUGGCGAGGAGUGGGAACUACCGCGCGUCUUGAAGCUUCUUAGAAAAGCCGCUGCCCUUCUCAGUCGCAAAUCCUCUAGACAAGCCGCUGCUGAUGUCGCGAGACCUCUAGAAAAGCCGCUGCGCCGUCCUAAGUCGCAAAGCCUCGCGCUAGGCAAGCCGCUGCCGAUUUCGCAAGACCUCUAGCAAAGCCGCUGCCGUCUUUUGGUCGCAAAUCCUUUAGAAAGGGCGCUGCCGUCCUCGCAGGUUGCAGAUCGUCUAUAAAAGCCGGCGCCGUUCUAAGUCGCAAAUCCUCUAGAGUAGACAAGCCGCUGCUGAUGUCGCAAGACCUCUGAAAAGCCGCUGCGCCGUCCUAACUCGCAAAGCCUCUAGACAGGCCGCCUCUGAUUUCGCAAGACCUCGAGAAAGGCCGCUGCGCCGUCUUAAGUCGCAAAGCCUCUAGACAAGCCGCCGCCGAUUUCGCAAGACCUCUAGCAAAGCCGCUGCCGUCUUCGCAGGUCGCAAAUCCUUUAGAAAAGCCGCCGCCGUCCUCGCAGGUCGCAAAUGCUCUAGAAAAGCCGCUGCUGUUCUAGGUCGCAAAUUCUCUAGACAAGCCGCUGCCGAUCUCGCAAGACCUCAAAAAGGCCGCUGCCGUCUUCGCAGGUUGCGGCUCCUCGAUAGAAGCCGGCGCCGUUUUAAGUCGCAAAUCCUCUAGACAAGCCUCUGCCGCUGUCGCAAGACCUCUGGAAAGCCGCUGCGCCGUCUUAAGUCGCAAAGCUUGCCCCUAGACAAGCCGCUUCCGAUUUCGCAAGACCUCUAGAAAAGCCGCUGCGCCGUCUUAAGUCGCAAAGCCUCUAGACAAGCCGCUGCCAUGCAUUUCGCAAGACCUCAGCAAAGCCGCUGCGCCGUCCUAAGUCACAAAGCCUCUAGACAAGCCGCCUCUGAUUUCGCAAGAACUCUAGAAAGGCCGCCGCGCUGGAGUCAAGUUGUGUGAUUCACUGUUAAGGUACUUGCAGAUCUCCUUUGCUGCCUGCUUGGGGUGAAUCUUGCGUCGCGCUUUCCCGUGGUCGGCUGCAAAGAUGUCGCCCCAGGGCUCGAUAGGGAGAAUUGCAACCGACUGCAAAACUGCUGCGGCCGUGGUCUGGGUGUCGUGUAUUAAUUAGCUACGGCCGAACGCCAAGAAGAAGAGGCAGCUGCUGUUGUAGAUCCACUACUCUACUCUAGUAGAACUAGAAGAAGCCACGUAAACACGCGCGGAAAAGGGGGAAGCUGCCUAUCGGGGAAGUAGAAUAUGACGGGGAAGCGCUGCGCGUUGGUUGUUAGUUUGGUCUGCGAUCUCCUCUCCGCAGCUUGGAAGCGGGAGUGGCUUCGCCUUUGCGUCUGGUUUCCGUUUUCCUCACCUUGCUAGGCCAGCUGCAAAGACGUCCCAAGUUGCGAAGGGGAGAACUGCAGCCGACCUGAAGACCGGCGCGCGCUGUCUUCGUUGGCUCACUGCUCUACACUACUAGAAGUCGCCGAGAGAAAAAAAGCUGGCGCUUUUUAACUCCAACGGUAGUCGCCGCCAGUCUGCGUAGCGCACCCACCUAAGAAGACGAAAUACUGCCUCUGGCUCUGGGCACCCACGUCACAAGAAGGAAGAAGAUAGAAGAUAGACAGCGCAGGCUAGCUCUUUCCGUCGGUUAGCCAGCGCGCUCCUGCUGCUCAUCUUGCUUUUUCGUGUGUCGUAUGUCGCUGAUGUCUAUCCUGAUGCUGUUGAUUUUUUUUUUUAAGAGUAUGACUCUAGGUGUAUCGCGCUAUAUAUUAGAGCUACUGCAGUUGUUCGCCGUUGUCAUCGUUUUAAUGUGCCGGGUGAUCCAUCGAAGUCGGGGGUGAUUCUCGGCUGUUGCACCAAUGUAACCGAGGUCGGCUGUUCUCUCCACGCAGCAACUUCCUCCACUGCGUGAGCACUUGAGUACUUUACCCAAGACGGAGCCAAUUUCCAGGGAACUUGCUCACUUUGUUGCUUACGUUUUGCCCCCUUGCAUAUACGUGGAAACGUGCUAGCAGUCUAGCUCAGAACAGGCCUAGAACACAUCGCCGACCAGUAUAGGACGAGAACUGUUCGGGGCGCUCUGUCUUGCUUUGUCGUGCUUUGUCUUGUUUACGUGCAGAGCGUGCCUACUUUCUUGCCCUUUAGGCCUGCUGUCACUCGUUGGCCCGUGCAACGUCUUGCACAGCUGAACUCUGAAAAAAGUGGCUGACUUUAGAUCUCUUGUCCUUCGUCGUGCUGCAACCUGCACGCAGUGCGCUCCUGUUGGCUGUCAGUUCUGGUUACACAUAUACGCGGCCACGUGCUUACAAAUACAAGCUAGCUCAAAACAAACCUAGACUACAUCGGCGAGGGAUGGGCUUAAGUUAAGGCGAGAGUCGUCCAAGAUGCUCUGCCUUGUUUUGUCGUGCUUUGUCAGUCUUGUUUACGUGAAAGGCGUAGCUCCUUUCUUGUUCUUUAGGCCUUGGCUUGCUGUCUCUCGUUGGCUCGUGCGGCGUCUUGUACAACUCUGACAAAGGUGGCCGGCUUUAGCUCUCUCGCCCCUCGUCGUGCCUCAACCUUCAGACAGUGCGCUUUUGUUGCUUGUCGUUUGUGGCUGCAUCUGGCUGCACUGUAGUACUAUCUAGGGCGUGCGUGCCUGUCUAGACCAAUAAGAAAGCACGCUGCUGCGUGCUGCGUCACGCUUGAAAUUGGGCACAGAAAUUGCGCCUCCCUGCCGAAGCUCUCGGCGUCACGCGGUGGGCGUCGGUCACGCGUCACAAACAGCCCUGCGGCGUUCUGUAAGUCCCACCCCUCCCCCGGGGGGCACGAAGGGAAUGGAGGAACUGCAGAGGGCCCAGGAAAUACUGGGGGACGAGGAGAAACUCGACAAGGAGCCGGGGGCGACAACGUGGGUGAAGAGGUUGAAGACGAGGAGCAUCGAGGAGGUGCCCCGCAGAUGCCCGCAGUCGACACACUGGGGAGGGCUUUGGAAUGCGGCGACGAGGGUGCUUCAUGACACCAGGAGAGGGGAGAAGGAGGCAUGGGACUGGGCAGCGUUUGAACAUUGCGGCAGAGAGGGCCCCAAGGGGCCGCGGGGGCUCGUAGGGCACUGGGUCAAGACUGUGAAGAACAAGAGAGAAGGGAAGCCGGAGACGUGUGGGGAAAAGGCAGCGCGAAAGAAGCUCGCGGAGUGGAAAGGAGUGAAGAGGGAAGGGAGGCGUGAGGCAGGGGAAGGAGAAGAAGGAAGGGCGGGCAGCGAUAUGCGCAAGAUUUUCUGGGAGUUUUACCUUGAGGGAACGGGAGCCACGGCAGAGGGAAUUCUGACUGCUCUGGCGGAGGCAAUAGAAGAGGGCGCGCGGCCAUGGCAGGGGGCUGGGGUCUAUGUGUGUGACAGAAGUGAGGCGGAGGAGGUGACGUGAGGGACCUUGCCAGGGAUGCCAUUUUCUGCAUGGAGGUGCAGGAGGUAGGACGAGGAGGGAGAGGGGGGCGAGGUGCCUUGCCUCUGGCAGGUGAAGAGCUGCACGCAGGGGCAGCGCUUCAGACGUCAGAAGGCGCGGAAUGUGUCAGAUCAGCUACGGCAUGAGCGAGGCGCGCGCGAAUUGGCUGAAAGGUGCGAGGAGGAUGUCACGAGGAAAGGCGAGAGCCGGUGGGAGGUUUUCCACGGGGUCGGGCGGCUGGAGUGGGACCCGGUCACGAAGGUGCAGGCGUGUCCAUUUAAAACUAAAGCAAAGGCAUGUCGAUGGCUGAAGGGGCCGGGGGCUCAAUUGUGUGAGGGGUGUGAAAGAAUAGAGGGCGGGGAAUGAUGGGCAGAGCACAAACGGGCCAAAAAGGAAGAAAAGGAGAAAAGAGAGGACAAAGGGAGAAAACAGGAAGAAGAGAAGAGGGAACGCAAACGAAAAAGAGACGAAAAAGACGAAGAGGAAGAGGGGCGCAAGCUUGAGCAGAAGAGGAGAAAGAGGCGCAAACAGGUGGAGCAGGUGCGGGCGAGAGCAAGGAAGAGAGAGGGAAGAGAAUGAGGAGAAGAGCCAGGAGGGAGAAAAGAGGAAGAGGGGCGGGCCUGCAAGUGUCAGUGACGGGGCGGAGGCAAACAAGGAGAGAAAAAGAGCAAAGAGCACGGAGGAGGUUGGGUGGGUAAAGUGGAGAAGGUGACGGCCGGCCCCUGGCGAAGAAGAGGACGGCGCCAGAAGGGAGGCAAGGGGAGAGCGCAGGGGCCAACUGGGCGAGGACAAUUAAGGAGAGACGAAGGGAGGAAAAGGAGGGAAGAGGCGGCCACCAGUGAAAAGGGGCCAGAAACAAAAGCGGGGGCACAAAGUGCAGAACGGUGGGACGGCCCGACCCGGAGCGGGGGGGCGGGGUUGAAGGAAAGGGAAGGAAAGGGACAGGCCAAGAGGAGGCCAGAGAAACCCGCAAGGGAGAGCGGGAGGAAGGUGCGCAGGCUGCGAGUGCAUGAGAAGGCAAGCGUGCAGGCGCGGAGCCGAAGCGCAGCGGAGUGAAAAAGGAGGCCAAAGGGAAGAGACGCACGGCCAAGGGCAGCCAUGGAGGAGAGGGCAAGCCCAGCCAUUGAAGAAAACGGGCUGGAUAAAGUGAGGCCAGGAGGGCCGAGAUGAAGGGGCCGCGUAAGGGGAGGCCCCCUGAUAGGGAAAGUUGAGAAGGCGGGCGCCAGAGGCAGGCGCCGCAUUUUCCUGGGGUCCUCCGGGGGGUUGGCGGUUGGAGUUCCGCGCCGUCUUUGCGGGGUCGAGCUUGCGGGGGCCUUUUAGUCUUUUGGAGAGGGACCCCCCUUUGAGGAUUAGGGGGGCAAGGGACCGACGGAAUCCCGCCCGACCCGAUCGCUGGGCGCAUCAAGUCAAGCCAACAUAGCUGGACACCCAGGAGACACCGGCAAAGUGAUGAAUUGGGCAGCUACCGGCUUCGCACGCUGGCCCACUUGUCGCGUUCCACGCACUGAGGCUCGCAGCGCUGGCUCCUCGGUCCACCUCACUCGGAACAGCGAGCGCUGAGCCAAAUGGUCGGUAGCUGUGCGCCCUUACGUAAAUGCGGCACUUUCUGGAACAACGAGCAGGAACAGCCAAAAGGCCGCUGACAAUCUAACAACAGGCUAGACCUUUAGCAGGCAGAAGUCGCGAGGGAAGCCCUACGCAGUUUGCUGAAUAGAUUCCCAGCAUCAUGCAGCAGCCCCCCUCCCCAAGAAACGGCUCGUCUUGCAGGUGAUCUUCACAGAAGAGGACCAUCUUCACAACUAGAGAGCAAGGCCCUGCUGUAGUAGGAUUAUCACUAGAAUAAAUAUUGCCAUCUCACUGACACUAGAGUCUAGGGAUGGAACUUCACAGAGAGCAGCGCUAAUUUUCUGAUGACGUGCUGCCGCAGAUGCGCAACAUAUCAGAAGACAAGGCAUGGAAAAACGCAAAGGAAAUAAGCAGAUUUGAACUCCCACCAAUAUUUAGACAAGGUGCCUCUACUACUCACAAUUUUGAGAAUCGCAUCCACUUCACGCACCUAGUGCAACUUAGUUGCAGUACUCAUAAUGAGAAUUGCAAUUGCAUCUAUAUACCUUCACGUAGUACCUUUAUGAUUGAGAAACUUCGCCCCAAUGCCCGACAAGCGAAGUUUUGGCGCGACAGCUGUUACUACGAAGAGCGUCGCCGCGGCUAGCGAGUAUCGCCGGCCGCUGCGAGCACCAUCCUCCAGGCUUGGGAUUUCACAGCAAGCCGGCUGCCUCAGUUCGCGACAGCCCCACACCAGCCCCAGGGACAGCCCCAUAGACCCACACACCCUCACGCCUUUGCUUGGCGUGUUGCCUGGCUCUUGGUGCGACUGACGCUGGCAGACCGGUUCCACGGGUCCCCCCACCUGGUGGCCACCAGCGUGACCCACCCACGGAGGGUGUGCGUGUGUUGUACAGGUGUGACAGUGACCCUGACAAGCCACCGCCGGCGAAAGCCGUCGCAGCCCGGUGUGGCGCAUGACAGGCCACCUGACCACAGCCAUGACGGUGGGCCUGAGCUGCCACCUGGAUUCGGCUCGACCAGUCGGCUCGCUGUCUCACCACAUGCCCACACGCGGCGCCAUGGCUUGAGGAUUGCGUGACCCCUACACACAGGCCCCGCGCCCGUCAACAUUGCCCACGUGGUGACUCUAGGGCGACUUCCACAAAGUGGCCCCAGGUGCUGGGGGAGCCGCCCGCGUCCACCUUGUCGACUGUGGUGCUUUCUUGGUUUCUGCCAUUCGUCCCGCCUUCACAGGGAAGGUGGGGGCCAGGGGUUGAGCAGCGCAGACAUUCCCGGCGAGGGAUCUCGCCAAAACUUCCUCUGUCAUGGCUUGGGGCGAAAUUUCCGAGUCAUAACCUUCCGAGUACUUAGUAGUACUCUUUUUAACUAUUUGGCUUUAGACGAUUACCCACGCCCACCGUUCGUAACCACAUUACCUAGUUACUUUCUGAAGAUCAAACACAAAAUAUAAUCGCAGGACUACCAGUCGUGGAUCGAGUGACACCACAACAUGGCCUAGCUUCAUUUACCCCCGAGAAUCGUGCCACUUCUCCGCAGAGUCCAGCUUCGUUCGGUACUCACUGGAUCUGACAUUCGUUGUGCUGUUUUGAUCAAAUUCACCUUUACUAUUGUCUACUUACAUUUUAAAUUAAUUCGUACAUGUUCAACAUCUUCUCUGAAGGAUGAACAACGGUAAUUUUCUCCCAUGAGUAGAACAAGUAACUUCGAAGAUUACGCAGGCACCAAUCUCAAUUCCACGG